AUGGCAGCAACUCCAGCCUGCUGCCCACGCCCGCCACCCUCCGCGCCGCCGCACCCAGUUUGGUACCGCAGCGUUCACCCCCGGCCAGCGGGGACAUUCUACGAGGAGAUCCGCGCCGUUGGACACCGCAUCAUCCUCGGUACUUUCGCCACGACAGUGGAGGACGCGAGCGCCUACGACGCGGCGGCAUGGCGGCUUGGACCCCCACAUCGUGACAUGAACUUCCGCGACUGCGAGUCGCUCGCGGAAGCCGAGUUCAAGGCGGGGGCACAGAACCUUGGCACCGCCGAGCAGCGCCGCCUCACCAUCACGGAGGCGGAUGAACGCGCCAUGUAA